AUGCAAUAUGGAUUAGCUUUAAAGAUCGAAAAGGCUUAUAAAAAUACAAAUUAUAAUGAUGAUAAAGAUUCGAAAAAAUCCAGUGACACUUUACUUAGUAAAACUUCGACGAAAUCCAGCGAUACCUUAGUUAGUAAGGCUUCGAUGAAAUCUACUGGCACCACGAUUACUAAAACUUCUAUAAAAUCCAAUAACGGGUUUGCUGGUAAACCUUUGAAGAGAACUAAUAGUUCAAGAUCACAACCUAACAAGUUUAUUGUAGAUGAUAUUAUAAAUGAUUAUUCAAGAUUACAACUAGAUAAAGUAAUUGUAGAUGCAUACCCUGAUGAAAAUUAUCUUGAUCAUGAUGAGGAAUACCUUGAACAUGAUGAGGAAUAUCUUGAACAUGAUGAGGAAUACCUUGAUCAUGAUGAGAAACGUGAUGGAAAAUACCUUGAUCGUGAUGAGAAACGUAAUGAGAAAUACCCUGAUAGUGUUGAGAAAUAUUUUGACCGUGUUGAGAAAUACUCUGAUCGUGAUGAAAAAUCAAUUCAUGAACCACCAAAGAAACCGGAUAAAGUUGUAACACAAGGUGAAGUUGGCUCAAUUCAUGAUGAUAAAUCUAUAGAUGAAUUAACUUUACUGGCUGAUGAUGCUAGUUUAAGAAAAAACUCGAUUUCUAAAAAAUAUAAAUUUCUUUCAGGAGUUGCAAGUUUAAUUGAAAAGUUCGGAAAUCGAGAUUUAGAACUUUCUAAAUUACAACCUUCUAAGAGUAACGCCUCUUUAAAUGUAACAUCCCCUUAA